UUAGCUGGAGAAAAGUUGUUUCACUCAGUAUUUAGAGCCCCCCAAACCUUGAGGAGGGACAUGAUAUAGAAGGAUCAUAUGUUAUUACAUUGAUGUUUAAACCUGAACGUUUAAUGAUGGAUGAUAAACACUGAAUAUACUUGCUCUAGAUAUUCUGGUUUACCAUUUAGAGUCAUUACAUGAGAAGUUAACUGCAUACAGGUGGGAAGUUUUGGUUUUGUAGUUUGUGUAUAACACCAGUGGAUGUUAUGAGAUGGAUUGUCAUGUGUAUUCAUGGACACUUAGCUGCAUCUCUGAUCUGUAUUUAAUGUGUGGUCUAUAAUGUCAAUGACAUAUAGCACUGUAAUGGGUCAUUACCGUGGUAACCAGGUGUGUGGAGUCUGGUGAUCAGGUAUUAACAUAUUGUGUGAGAAAAUGGUACCAGACCUACAUAUCGGGUGACAGUUGAUUAUGUUAUGGUGUUUGGUCUGGGUUCCAGUUAUGGAUCGGUUACAGGCUCAUGGUAUGAAGACAAUGUGUAUUGUUAACAAAAGUCAUUGGCUAGUGUAGAACUCAACAUCCAGUGAAGAUGGAAGCUUUUCUGUAGGCUGAAGUUGUUUUAAGAACUCAAACUUUUGUCUGAAGUCCUUAUAUUGAUAUUACUGAAAUGAUUCCAGUGUAUUUCUGAAGGAGACGUAAUUGGAUUAUGAUUUAAUAUUUUUCAGAAGAAAUUAACUUUGAAACUCUAGGUGCGGCUGGAACAAUACGUUUUCUGAUACUUCUAUCAGGGUAUUGGUGUAAAGUUGAGUGUUUUAAAUAUUUCAAACCAGUUAUAAGCUUUGCCAAACUAAUUGAUGGUGAUUCAUGAUAUUUGUUAUGGAAUCAACUAUAUACAGAUCAUAGGGUGAUUGUUUUUUGUAGACGUAUGAUUACACUUCUAUCACAAUAAGGUUUGGUAAUCAUCAUAGCUUUAAUAGCAGUAAUCAGUGUGAGACAAAUCAUGUCGUACUUGUGUUGAUGUGCGUGUGAUGAUCUGGAUAAGACUCAUAAAGGAUUGAAUUUUCUAUCAAUCUGUUCUUGGUUGACAAAGUAUGAUGAUACGACUUGUGUAUUGAGCUUGUGGAUGUAAUCAAGGAUGAGGAUUAUCUGAGGAAAGGUAUGGACAUCUGAGGAUAGGUACGGACAUCUGAUAACUCCCAGCCAUGUCUACACCAGCUAUAGAUUUGAAUGCCAGACACAAGUAUGUGUGUACCAGUAAGACCAUCAGUCGAGCAAGCAGUCGAAAGUCUCGCCCAGCCAGCAGUGGGUCGCGUCUUGAGACAGGGCACAGUUCUGACAGCGACACUGACAAUGAUGAAGGUACACGACACAAAGCUCCUCUGGAGGUGGACUUCGCCACAGUGGAUAUCACAGACGAGAAGGCAUUUGAUACUGAUCUCGAAAUUGAAGUGCCCUCCUAUGGAAGUCACAUGGAAAUGAUUGCAGACUUUCAGGCUCUCCGAUUGUCCUAUUGUAUGGAUAACAGCCUCAAGUUCAUAUCCGACAUGAAUGACGUUUAUAAAACCAUCAAACAAUCUACAACAUAUGACCGUACUGGUCGGACAGCAUACAUCGAGGGUUGUAAAAAGAUGGGUGUGGUUCCUGCCUCCUACUUCCUGCGUCACAUGCAUGACCCUAACCUCAGUAUGAAGCACCAUGGACUGGGAUCUAUGGGCAUGAAGCCUAUAGCAAUGUCUCUUAUGACCAACACACAGAUUGUGAAGCUGGACUUGAGCGACAACUGGCUGGGCCACCAAGGAGGACUGGCUGUAUGUGAGAUGCUCAAGGAAAACUGUUUCAUCACGUUCAUGGAUUUAUCUGACAACAAAUUUGGUACAAAAAUGGCAGAGCACUUAGGGAAGAUCCUCAAUGCUAACUCCACCCUUACACACAUCAUACUGGCUGGUAACGACUUUGACGACACGGCAGCCCUGGCUUUUGCUGAUGUUAUCAUGAACACAACAAAGAUAGAAUAUUUAAAUCUGAGUCGGAAUGUGUUUGGUGAAUUAGGGGGUAUGGCACUAGGACCUGCCAUUGCUGAGAACAGCUCUCUCAAGGAACUAGACCUCAGUUGGAAUUCUCUACGCAGAAAGGGUGCUAUAGCUGUGGCACAGGGAAUUAAGCAUAAUAUAUACAUGAAGAAAAUCAACCUGUCAUGGAAUGGGUUUGGACUGGAUGGGUCAAUAGCGAUGUGUGAUGCUCUCAAACACAACCAGACCUUAGAGGAACUUAAUUUAACGAAUAACCGUAUAACUGCUGAGGGUGCUGUAAUACUAGGUAAAGGAAUAUCGGUGAAUGAAACUCUCACUUCUCUAAAGAUGGGUAAGAACCCUAUGCAGAGUGCUGGGUGUUAUGGAAUCUGUGCUGCCAUUUUACGCAAUCCUAAUAGCAUUUUAAAGGAGCUGGACUUUUCUGAUAUUCUUGUGAACAAUGAUUUUAAUGAAAUUUACAAACAAGUGCAAGAACAAUGCCCAGAUAUGAAAUUAAAACAUGGGGGAAUGGAGCCCCCUAAAAAGCCAAAGAAACCUGUCCACCCGAUGGUCAAACUGGCCAACUACAUACAGAAAAAUAACCUACGACUGGUGGACUUCUUCAACAAAUUUGAUAAAGAUGGAAGUAUGAGUGUGACAUAUGAAGAAUUUCAACAAGGCAUAGAGGAGACGGGUAUCAAGUUAUCCAAUGAUGAAGUUAGUCAGCUACUACUGGAACUGGACAGUGAUGGGGAUGGUGAAAUCAACUACAGUGAGCUGGUGAUUGGUCAUACAGGAUUCCAGGAGCAGCAAGACUCCAUCAACACCAUACUGACCGCCACCCAGCCCCGACCGAUGACCACUUAGUGACCAGAGUUUCGCCUCAUCUACAACAAACAACCAUCACAACUGGGACACCUGCCAUACAUACUUUUCCUGUUCAUUAAUGAGACUUCAAGUUCAUAAUAUGACCUUGACCUUGACUGUGGAGAUCUGGAUUCUGUUGACAGCAUUACCAUAACAACAGCUACAUAGGUAUCAGAUAUUGGCGGUUUUAUCAGAUGGAAUUAUUUCAUUGACUCAACUUUGGAUUAUGAACAAACAUUCAGUGUGAUAGAGUCAACUUAAAGGAAAUGUGUGUAUUCUGGAUCACAGAAUGUUUCUAUGGUUACUCUGCAAGGGAGAUAACCAGUGUAUGGCCGAGUGGAAAUUAUUGUCAGAACAAUAAGUUCUGAAGUGAUAAAAUGCAAUUUCAUAGUUGAUUGGGAUGAGAUACAUAUAAGGAUCUGUAAUAUUCCAACAUCAUGUUGUAGUUGAUAUGAUGUUACAGUUUACAUUAUAACUUAUAUAGUUAUAUAAGGAAGUGGAGGAUACAAAAGAUGUAAAUAGAGCCAUGCAUUAAUGCUGAUGGUUUGCUCAUGAUAACCGUCCAAGUCUUCAGUCAGUUUCAUUGUUUUAGGAACGGUAUUUAGUGACAGAUAUUAUUAUGAGCUUAAUGUGAAGUUCCACUGAAAUGCACUUAAAUGAGUGAUAGUAACGAUGCCAUGUCUUGAUGCCAAUUACAGAACUUUUAUAUAUGAACUGAUAUUGUAUAGCAAGUGACUUUUAUGUUUUAAAAUAUUGCUUUGGAUUUAAUUGUUUUGAUAUGUAGGAAAAUACUUCAUUUUUUAUUAAUAUAUUUUUGAUCAUGUGACAUGUCUGUCACAAAAGAAAUCAUGUUAACUAUACCUCUUUCUCACAAUAUUUUAUCUCUACUUUGAAAUAUUUUACUUUCAAAUAAAUUUUUUGCUGCAAAAGUUUUUUGGUUGCGAACUAUGUAAGUAUCAAAGUUCCAAAUUGUGUGGAAUCACCAAUGUUCCUUCCGUUGACGAUUGUAAGUGCAAUUCUUUACUAUUUUAGUUCAUUUUCUGUUUUACUUUUAGCAGAUUUUAUUUAUUGUCCUAGCAGAUGAUCUUAUUGUUUUAUCUGAUUUACAUUUUGUUCCGACUGCUUUGAUUAAUGUUUUCUGUGUGCAAUAGGGUAAAUUAAACAUUUAGGACUGUAGCAUUAUUAUCCAACAUAUGAUAAUCCUCGUUAAUAUGACCUACAUGUAUAUUAUUCUCAAAUGCAUUGUACGAAAAUUUAAAACUACUGACCAGAGCAGGAAAAAACGAAAUCAGCAUCACUGGUCCUUCAGGAUUCUGUCCAAAUGUACCCAAAGGUGAAACAUAGUGGUCCAGGUAAACUGAUUUAGUAGAAUCUUAAAUUAAAUUAUAUUAAGGUAAACAUUUCACAUGCCAAUCGGGUAAGUAGUCAACAAAUAUUUACUUGCCAACAGAUCUACUGGCCCUGGGUUUUUUUUCUCCUUGCUGCUGACAAUGAUUUUAUCAAAUUUAUUGCAAAACAUUUUAGAUGUCCAUAAUAUGAUGAUGGUGAUAUUGUAAUGACUGUACUAUUGAAUAAUACUGAUUACUGUGAGUUUGUACCCAUCGAAGUAUUGAAUUAAACCUCGAUUUAAUGUUUCUGCUUUAUCUAUUGAAAUUUCUUGCAACAUUUAAUUCACUUUAUUUCUGCAAUUUUUUUUAUGAAUUUAGGUUGUAUAUAUAUUUGUUUCUCAGCUCUAUGAGUUGUUAUCAAGAACCUUGAAUUUUUUUUUCAAUAAAUGUUUUACAGCAAAAAGAUGGCGGCCUCUUUCAGUAUUACACGUUACAGUAUUGCUUCAACGAUAUUAUACCGUCAGAAGGACAUCCCAGUAUCAGUAUUGUGUGUACAUAGCGGCCUGCUACUCACUGUUAGUCUAUAGCAUCACAGUCGAUCUGUCAUUGUGUGUACAUAGCGGCCUGCUCGUCAGAAGGACAUCCCAGUAUCAGUAUUGUGUGUACAUAGCGGCCUGCUACUCACCGUUAGUCUAUAGCAUCACAGUCGAUCUGUCAUUGUGGUUUGUUAACAUAUUCUUGUGAGUUAAUCCCUCAUGUCACUUUUCUUAGAGCUUUAUGAUUAUUUUGUUUUCUACUCUGAGAUAUACGACAGUCUGUGCCUGCUUUAUUUGAGUAAAUGUUGUAACUAUAUGCAUGUAUAAACUUGGAACUGUAGAUGUUUAUGGUUUCCAUCCCCUAAGACAAUAAAAAUUUUAACAAAAGAUGUCAUAAUGAUAAUAGCAAUAUGUGAUAUUAAUUGUUGUUUUCCGUCCAUGGCAUCAUUUUGUCAGUUGUUAUAAGAUUGGGGGGUUUUGGAAGCAUAAUGCUAUCUGGAAUAAUGUAAAAAAAAACCAUUAUGUACCUUUUCAUCAUACACAACUUUUGUAGGUUUGUAUAAAUCCUCCAUAUUUAUCUGACAUCACAAGUAGUACUUGCUUGCUACAAGGACAAACUUUCUGUGUGUAUUCUGUACAAUAAACUUGAGUGUUGAAUGCGUAUACGAUUAAGUCUUAUUGUACAAAGAUAUUACACAUGUAUCACAAUUACUUCUACCCUCAUUGUUAACAAACUUUGGUAUUUGUUUCUUUCAUUAUUAUUGUUAUUUUUUUUUUUCCAAAAAAUUACUACAUCAGUCAGACUGUGAAAAAGUGUUACUGUGAAAACUCAAUUACUUAUUGCUGUAGCUGUACCUACUGUGAUAUUUAUCUGUAGAUCAAGUGCUGACUUUACUAAUUGUUACUAUCUGUUGGUUGUAAUUUUGUUGGUUUAAAUAUCACCUCUACAUGUUUAUGUAAAAUUGGUGAAUUAUUUAUUGUAUAUCUUAUAGCUUUAUAUAUUUAUAAAUAUUACUAAAUAUAAUUUAUUGAUCUACAUAUUGUGUGGUUGUGUAUCAUCAUAGAUAUAAAAUUCUAUAGCUUAUACCUUAGGACCGUGUUGAUUACAAGGUAGAUAACUCUUGGCUCCAUGGAUCAUCAGUGUUUAUUGAGCCCUGUACCGUAAGUUCUCUGUCUCCACUGAUAUUUAUGUUAUUAAGAUUUUUUCUUUGCAAUUAAUGUUCCUGUUUUUUUUGUUUUUGUUUAACCUCUGCAAUAUCUGUUUGUCGUAUUGGCAUCGGCUGCCUUGCACACAUAAGAAUCCCACUAUCUAUCAAGUAUGGACAAUAUAUGAUGAUUUAUUCAGAAGGUUUCAAUGAUUGAUACACGUCCAUGUUAUCAGCAUUCUAUAUAUCUAAAAUAGUUAUCAUUGACUAUGUGCAAGCUCUUUAUCUUCACUAUCUGUAAUGAUUUUAAUGAAAAGUUAAAAACUUAAUCAGCAAAGUUGUUUUGUGUUGCUAUGUAUAACUGUAGCAUGUGUUGGAAUACAAAGGCAAAUUAAAGUCUAUAUUUAUAAAAGAUACGCCUUA